AGUCUCUGUUCAUUUUUAUCAUUAGCAGACCUGAAGCGCCGACAGUUGCUAACAACAGCGGAGCCGAAAUGAGCGGCCUCGUCGUUCUCGCGUCGCUAGUAGUCGUCAUAUUAUCUUUAAUUUAUUAUCUAUCGACAAGAAACCUCAGCUACUGGAAAAAUAAGAAUGUGCCUCACGCCGACCCAUUGCCUCUUUUGGGCAACUAUGGCACAUAUAUAUUGCAGAAAGAACACCCCGGGAUAAUGAUCCAGAAAUUGUGCAAGAAGUUUAAGAAUGAGCCCUACUUCGGAGCUUACUACGGUACGGAGCCCGCCCUAGUAGUUCAAGACCCCGAGAUCCUCAAGCAUGUGUUAACAAAGGACUUCUACUACACUAGCGGCAGGGAAUCGUCCAAAUAUUCCCAUGGAGAAGUCACCACCCAAAACUUGUUCUUCAGCUCAGGUGACAGGUGGAAAGUAAUUCGACAAAACUUGACUCCUCUCUUCUCUUCCCUCAAGAUGAAGAAUAUGUUUUAUUUGAUUGAAAAGUGUGCUAUUGGCUUCGAAGAUAUGUUGGACGACGAAAUUAAGAUGUCAAAUGUUAUUGAAGCGAGAAGGACAUGCUCAAGGUACACCAUGGACUGUAUAUGUUCCUGUGCCUUCGGAGUGGAGUCUAACACCAUGGCACAAAAAGAAAACAACCCCUUCCUACUCAUGGCAGACGAAAUAUUCGAGUCGUCGAGAUUUCGGGGCUUCAAAAUUAUAUUUAGAGCUGUAUGGCCGUCAAUUUUCUACCGUAUCGGGCUUCAAAUAUUUCCCUCAGCUAUUAACAGUUUCUUCUUCAAGUUAUUGACUGGUAUUUUUGAAAGCCGAGGGUACAAGCCAUCACCAAGAAACGACUUUGUCGAUCAGCUCCUGAAUCUGAAGAAAGAAGAUCAUAUAACUGGAGAGUGUCUAAGCAACGUGAAGACAGGGGGUGACAAGAAGAUACAUUUGAAAGUGGAUGAUGAGCUGCUGGUGGCGCAGUGUAUUUUGUUCUUCUCUGCUGGCUUCGAGACAUCUGCGAAUACUAUGGGUUUUACUUUGUUUGAACUAGCGAAGAACCCGGAGGUGCAGCAAAAGGCUGCUGAGGAGGUGGACGAGUUCAUGCGUCGUCACAACAACAAGCUGGUGUAUGAUUGUGUGACGGAGCUGCCUUACUUGGAGGCUUGUAUGUACGAGGCCAUGCGGAUGUACCCAGUACUGGGGAUCUUGACUCGCGAGGUCAUGGACGAAUAUGUUCUCCCUACAGGCUUGAAGCUAGAUGAAGGUGUCCGCAUCCAUAUCCCGAUUUACUAUAUGCACUAUAAUCCCGAAUUUUUCCCUGAACCUUACAAGUACAAUCCAGAACGGUUCAUGCCUGGAAACAAGGAGAAUAUUAACCCUAAUACGUACUUCGCAUUCGGAUCUGGACCCAGACUGUGUAUAGGUAAGCGUUUCUCAAAGAUGCAAGUGAUGUCUGGUCUCAUCACGUUCUUGAAGAAAUAUAAAGUGGAACUGGCAGAUGGAAUGGAAUCAGAGCUGGAAUUUGACCCUAAGACCUUAUUGACCCAACCGCUGCACAAUCGCAUUGCAUUAAAAUUGACUGAACGUGAAGGAUGGGAGCAAAGAAGAUUCGUACGAACGUAAUUUGUACGUAAAUAAGAGAGCUUAGUACGAGUUUGUUUUAUGUUUAACGAGAUCGAAACGAGAGCGCGUUCGGCGCUCUGAUUGGCCGGCUCGAAUGAACCAACCAAUCACAUCGCCGAACGCGCUCUAGUUUCGUGUUUGUUUAACGUAAAGCAAACUUGUACUAAGGAUAAAGGUCUAGCCUAGACAUAUUACAUAAGGCUGAAGAGAUUGUAGUAAAUAAGUUUAUAUAUCAUAUCGC